UAUUAUAUCGCCAUAUUGGUUAUCGGUAAAUUGUUGAUGUUUUGUGUAUUUGUGUGGGUUUUUGUUGGCCGGUUCAGAAAUUUAAAAGAAAACCAGUAAAAUUUAAGGAACAAAACAUAUGGAGACGGAAACCCAGCCAAAGGCGCCUCAUGAAAAUGGGGCCAAAGUUGAGGAAAACUCCGAACCCGUCGAGGCAGCAAAACAAAAUGAAUCACCUGCCGAGUUAAAGCCGGUUAAAACUAAAACCCCUUCCACUCCCACUACCAGAUCUAGAUCCAGCAGAUCCAGGACACCUCAAAUUAAGGACGGGAAAAAUGACGAAACGCAUAAACCUAAGAAAGACGACAAAAAAUCUAGCCCUUUAACCAAAAUUGAUGAAGACUUAAACGGUCACGAUGAGAUCAAAUCAAAAAAUGCAGAAACUGAAAAAAAAUCACCGUCAAAGAGCAAAAAGAAACCGGCCGAAAAUGGAUCAGAACAGGAAAAACAUGAUCUAAAGGAAGAGAUUGCUCCUGAAACCAAAGAGACGAAAAAGACUCCCAUCAAGUCGCCUAGGAAGCGAGAAAAACAAGAAGAUCUAGGUAAAAACGGAGACCAAAAGCCCGAACCUGAGGAUAAACUCGUUAAACAUAAGUCUGAAGGUGAAGACAUGGACCCUCUGGUUAUAGCUUCAGACGAACCUGAUCCAGAACUCCAAUUCGACGAAACCUCAGAUUUGGAGUCCGGUAAAGGCUCCCCGUUGAUUCCCAGAUGCAAGACUCGCAGAUCACAUACUAGAAACAUCCCCACACCUAAAACUCCCAAAUCUCUCGACUCAGACUCUGAUAAAGCAUCCGUAUCAGCCACACCGGACAUCCCGGAUACCGAAAGCACCAAAGCUGAAAAUUUAAACGACACCCACGACUCACUGGAAGCUGAAAACGCGUCGAUUAUUGCCGAGGCCGGAAGUGACGUCACGAGGUUAAACUAUACUGCCUUUGAGGACUCUGAAGUGUCAGAGGACCAGAGUUACUUCAAUUCUGUAAGAGAAAAGUCAUUGCGAGAUACACUACGCCAUCUGUCGCCUAGGAGACCUAUUCAUGGUUCAGAUUCGUACAGGGUUCGAGCGAUGAAGAAUAAUAAAUCAAAACUGGAGACGUCGUUGAAUGAUUCACUGGAUCGUGUGGUUGGUAUGAAGAGGAAGAGGAGUUUUACUCCAGAAGAGAGGAAGAAAUUCAAGGCCGAUUCUCCUGGUCUUGUAGGAUUUUUUUCGAGUCCUUUGAAGAGUUUCGGCAAUCGGUUUUUGUAUACCGCCGAAGAUGGAGGUUCUACUCCGAAACUAACCGGGUAUAAAGACGAACACAAAGAUAUUCACGAAGAUAUUAAGGGAAUCGUUAGCGUAGAUGACAUAGAAAAGAAAAAUUGGUGUUCAGUUAUGUAAUUUAUGGUAUUUUUUUAUUAAUUUAAUUGACCGGAGUAUGCAACUAUGAAAAACGACUAGAGUUUAUUUUCAAAACAGUUUGGAAAUUGUGUAUUGUUGAGUUAUUCUAUUUUUCAUUGAUGUAUAUACAAGUUUUACUUAAAAAAAACUAUUUAUUUCGUUCAGUGUGUUAUUAUAUCAUUAAAGAAUUUGACUCUUCUAUUACUGGUCGCUUUUCAUCAGAAGGAAGUCGUUCUUACCAAAUUAAGCAUGAACAUUUUUUAUAAAAAUGUUAAAGCGCAGUGGAUAGAGAAUAUCAAGUUUAUAUUAUUAAUAGUUUUUUUAUGUAAUGGAUAUAUUAUGUAAGAUUCUUUUUGAUGCUAUACAGGAAGUUAGGCACAGUUAUUUGUUAGUUAACUGAUUUAUAUAUUAUGAAUUUUUUAUUCGUCAUAAGGUCGUCUGCUAGUUCUUUUUUGUACGAUUUUACUUUUAUUGAUCAUUAAACACUCUCCAGCCAA